AUGCCGCGUCUGUUUGUGGAGGGCUUCUUCCUGUCGUGGCUCGACAGCUACGAGGACGUGCAGAACGCCGCGCUCACGCUGCUCUACCUGCAGGCGUUCAUAGGGCUACUGGGCACGGUUGGGCCCACGUACACGGGCGUCAUCGUGGCGGACGUGGCCGUGGCGCUCUUCGGCCUGGUGGCCGUGGCCAGCGGGUACCAGGCGCUGGGGCGCACAUACGCCGCACUGCUCAUGCUCAUGCUGCUCCUCGACUCCCUCUGGCUCGCCCUCUUCGCCCCCCACAUCUGGAGCGAGGAGCUGACGGCGCCGUGGAGGCAGCACCCGCUGGUGGCGCUGGCAGUGCUGCUGGAGCUCACGUGCCACUCCCUCACCUUCACGCUGCGCCUCCUCUCCGCCCUGCUCUGGCUUCAGAUGCUGCACCUGGGCCUGGCGGACAGCAGGGACGCCACACCCGUGCCCACCUCAGAGGUGCACGCCUACCUCCCUGCCUACGACAGCCUCGGCCCGUACCGCCCUGCAGGCUCGGCAACGCCGGACCUGAGCCCCACGGCGGGGCGGGAGCGGGCGGUGGGUGAUGAGUUCGUGGGCAGCGCCAUCUUCCACCCGUCCGCCUUCGCCACGCUCUUUCAGUCCGACACCCUCCUCAACUACCUCUCUGAGGACGGCAGCAGCAGCGCGCCCAACAGCCUGGACAGCAGCUAUGGGGGGCACCCCGUGGUCGCAGGCGCGGAGGACACUGAGGUGCAUGGGUGGGCAUGGGUGGGAUGGGGUGAUAUGGGGUGA